GGGCUACGCGGAGAGGCCUCACCAGGCCUGUGUUGGGUCGGUGGUGCCGGCGGGGGUUUGUGCUUGAGGCCGGGUCUCAGCCGCUGGGCCCGGGAAGAUGGUGCUGGGUGGUUGCCCGGUGAGUUACUUACUUCUGUGCGGCCAGGCGGCUUUGCUGCUGGGGAAUCUACUUCUGCUGCAUUGUGUCUCUCGAAGCCACUCGCACAACGCUACCGCCGAGCCCGAGCUCACAUCCGCUGGCGCCGCCCACCCGGAGGGCUCCGCCGGCGCCCCGAGCUGGGAAUAUGGCGACCCCCGCUCUCCGGUCAUCCUUUGCUCUUACCUACCUGAUGAAUUUAUAGAAUGUGAAGACCCAGUGGAUCAUGUUGGAAAUGCAACUGCAUCCCAGGAACUUGGUUAUGGUUGUCUCAAGUUCGGUGGUCAGGCCUACAAUGAUGUGGAACACACUGCAGUCCAGUGUCGGGCCCUAGACGGAAUUGAGUGUGCCAGUCCCAGGACCUUCCUACGAGAGAAUAAACCUUGUAUAAAGUAUACCGGACACUACUUCAUAACCACGUUACUCUACUCUUUCUUCCUGGGCUGUUUUGGAGUGGAUCGCUUCUGUCUGGGACACACGGGCACAGCAGUAGGGAAGCUCUUGACACUUGGAGGUCUUGGGAUUUGGUGGUUUGUUGACCUUAUUUUGCUUAUUACCGGAGGGCUGAUGCCAAGUGAUGGCAGCAAUUGGUGCACUGUUUACUAAAAAGAGCUGCUGUUAUGGCCCAGAGAGGCACAUCUUCUGAAUCCAUCUCUACAGGCUCAAAACUCUUCCUGGAUAUCAGACCUGACCAUUACUUUCCCUCUUUGGACAGAAUGGGUUUGGUUAGGAAAGUUUCUUUGGACUGUGAUUUUCAACCCAAAUUUUACCUUGCAGACUAGAAAUGACAAGCAAACAGUAUUGUGGGAAUCAAGUUUGUACCCUUCCUUGUGUACAAAAUACAAAGGAGAGUGACUAACUUAUGAGCUGCGGAAGGGUUUCCAUACUCUUUAUUUCUGUACAUUGCUUUUUCUUGAAUCCUUUGGAACGAGCGGACCCAACAGGAGGAGCAAAGUGAAUACUUUCAGCCUUUGCCUUUCGUGAUCCUGAGUCUUCCUGCAGAGAAGAUCUGAAGCUGAACCAACGAAAAUCUUCAGCAAAAGUAGAAAUGGCCAUGGAUUUUAAUACACACUGAAAUUCUGACUUUCUGAUUUAAAUUGCAGAAUAAAUUUUGCCAACCUGGAAUGCUGUUUGAGUAUUUUCAAUAGGUAGCAUGAAACUCAAAAUUAUAUUUGUUUUGCUAAAAGCUAGGCAUUUGAAAUGAACCACUGUAUUAAUAAACCCUAUUGUUUCAUCAUUA